AUGGCACCAAAUGCCAUCCGCCGCCGCGAGGCGUACACCGUCGGCAUCGUGUGCGCGUUGGCGAUUGAGAAAGCGGCAGCCAUUGCUAUGCUGGACGACAAGCACGAACGCCUGCCGCCUGCUCCUGGCGACGAGAAUGACUAUACUUUCGGCACGAUCGGUGCGCACGGAGUGGUCAUCGCUUGCCUGCCGGCGGGCACGACCGGGACAGUGUCUGCGGCGGUGGUGGCCCGUGACAUGAGUCGCAGCUUUCCGAUCCGCAUCGGCUUGAUGGUGGGCGUCGCGGGCGGGGUGUGGAGCGAAGAGGUGGACGUGCGGCUCGGGGAUGUGGUGGUGAGCCGGCCGAACGGCCAGCAUGGCGGAGUGAUGCAGUGGGACUCCGGCAAGACCAAGGCCGGCGGGAAGUUUCGACGGACGGGGACAUUGAACAAGCCCCCGCGGGAGCUCCUGAACGCUGUGCAUGGCCUGCAGGCGGAACACUUACUACAGGACCAUUUACUCGAGACACAUCUUAGCGCGAUGCUGUCCAAGUAUCCCGCAAUGAAGACAUUCGUCCACCAGGGUCACGACGAGGACGAGCUUUUCGAGGCCAGCUAUGAUCACGCACGCGGGAACACAUGUGGGCAGUGCGCCCGCUCGCGCGUGGUGCAGCGGGCAGCACGCCCGAGCUGUCGCCCAUACCUGCAUUAUGGCAGCAUCGCGUCGGGCAACGAAGUGAUGAAGGACGGGCGCACGCGUGAUCGGAUUGCGCAGCAGGAGGGCGUGAUAUGCUUCGAGAUGGAAGCGGCGGGCCUGAUGGACUCGUUUCCGUGUCUCGUGAUCCGUGGGAUUUGCGACUACGCCGAUUCGCACAAGAACAAGCGGUGGCAGCCGUACGCAGCUGCAACGGCGGCAGCAUAUGCACGCGAGCUGCUGCUAUAUAUGCCUGUUUCCGAGGUCGCAAAGAUUCGACCUGUACGAGAAGCGACAGAUGCAGAACCUUAUGGCUUUUCCCUUCCUUUCAGCCUGCACGGUAUGCCGACGACGGACUAUUUCGUGCCGCGCAAAGUUGAGAUGCAGUAUCUCAGCGAGUUUUUCGCAACGACAUCGACACAGUCGGCACAGCAGCGGGUAUUUGUAGUAUACGGGACGGGCGGGAUGGGUAAGACGCAGUUGUGUGCCAAGUUCUCCGAGACGAACGUAGAGCGGUUCAGUGCGGUGUUCUGGUUGGACGGGUCGUCCAAAGACGCACUGCGACGGUCGAUGGCCAGCGCAGGCUCGCGGGUGUCGACGCGUACCAAUGCAUUGUCGGCCGAGAUGGACAUCGCACAAUUGAUCGACGAUUUCCGGCAGUGGCUGUCGCUUUCGGGCAAUGCGCACUGGCUGAUGGUAAUCGACAACAUCGACCGCGACUGGCAGGGCAAGACGAAGGACGAACAGGCGUACGACUAUCGCGAAUUCCUACCGCACGCCUAUCACGGAAACAUCUUGAUUACGACACGUCUGAGACGACUGCAACGACCGAAGGCCAGCCUUCAUUUAGAUACUGCCGACGAUGAGCUUGCGAAAGAGAUGGUCGAAACACGGGCAAAUCGAGCGGUAACGAAUAUCGAUCAAUUGCUGCCCAAGCUCGGCGGUCUGCCGCUUGCCCUCGCCCAAGCCGGAGCAUAUCUCAGCACGACCGGGAUGAGUGUCGCGGACUAUCUCGAGCAUUACGACGCGACGUGGGCCGAGCUGAUGCAGAAGCAAGACCAGUUUCCACUGCAGGAAUACGGCGAGCGGAGCGUGCUGACGACGUGGACGAUGUCGUACGAACAGGUGAAAAGUAGGGACCCACUCGCAGCGCAGCUGCUUGAUCUAUGGGCGUUCCUCUAUCAUGGCGAUGUGUGGGCGGAGCUGUUAUUGACCGGACAGAGCGACGAAGCACAGCACCGGCCUCGCGAAGACGCAGUGUUUAGGCCAGUGACGAAACUCUCCCUGCAACACUCGAUCGGAACUCUCGUCCAGUACUCGAUGGUGAAGAUGAGCACCGCGGAUCGAGCGCCCGCGAUACAUCCGGUCGUACAUGCAUGGUGUCUACACAGCCUGGACAGAUCUACAGCACAACAAUUGCAGGCGGCGGCGUUGAGACUUGUCGCCAGGAUGGCAGAAUCGGCCGGUCGAGGAGUGGCAAAAGACUUGGGACUUCGGCUAGCUGCACAUGCGAAAGUGAUCGGGACGAGAGUAGCGACGUGGCGAUCGGAUGAAGCGCAGCAAGCUCUCGAGUAUCAUCAAGUGGCCCACUUUCUGAAGGAUUGGGAGACAUCUCAAGAGGUCGAGAACUUGUACAUGCGGGCGCUGCGCGGGUACGAGAAGGCAUGGGGCGCGGAGCACACGUCGACACUGGACACGGUCAACAGUCUCGGCCUUCUGUACGCGGACCAAGGCAAGAUGGCGGAGGCGGAGGAGAUGUACAUGCGGGCGCUGCGUGGGUACGGGAAGGCAUGGGGCGCGGAGCACACGUCGACGCUGUCCACGGUCAACAAUCUCGGCAAUCUGUACGCGAGUCAAGGCAAGAUGGCGGAGGCGGAGGAGAUGUACAUGCGGGCGCUACGCGGAUACGAGAAGGCAUGGGGCGCGGAGCACACGUCGACGCUGGACACGGUCAACAAUCUCGGCGCUCUGCAAGAUGGCGGAGGAGGAGGAGAUGUAUCUGCGGGCGCUGCGUGGGUACGAGAAGCUGUCAUGGGUCCCGCCGGCCCGUAUAGAAUCCGUGGAACGGUCCUUGUUCUCUUUGCGCCAACGAUCGAAAGACCUUCACAACGAGCAGGCAAGCGGGACCAUCUCACGUGUAGACGGUCGUAA